AUGACCACUUGGAGCCAGGACCGAGCGUUUGACACCAAACUUCUUGGGAUGGAGAUGGUUGACACUUGGGACUGGUUCAGUCGCAGCCACCACUGGACAAAAUCCAACUAUCUUUUAGGAAUCCUUUCCCUCUGCGAUACAGGGCUUCUUCACAUGCUUGGAAACUUGACAAUACUGGAGGAUGAGGAUCAUGAGGAUGACACCUCCUCUAUCCCAGAAUCCACCUACUCUUUCAACUCUCAGGAGGGUCAUCCAGACCUGGACCUCCUCAUCUGUGCCAGCUCUUUCUAUGACCCUGUCAACAUGCACCAUGAAACUGACAUCGACACCAUCGAUGGAGGCCAGGAGACAUGCCAUGAUCCAGAGCUCUCCAAGAGCUGCCAACUCCAUGUAGCUCCAUGGGCGGUGGUGGGUGCCAGCCCUACCUCUGAAGGCCUGCAGGGCUUUGGCAGUGUGUGUAUGGGGGUGGUGAAGGAGGAUAGUGACACAGACUCCACCUGUUCAGACGACCCUGCUCUGAUGGUGGUCCCUCGGUCCUCCACCUCUCUGUCUGGGGUCUGCCGAUACAGAAACUUCAUCCGGGGUCUCCCUGUUCAUCUUGCCAAGAGGAUUUUAGGUCUUCUAGACAAGACCUCUCUGAACAGCUGCAGGGAUGUCUCCCAACACUGGCGAUACCUGACGGAAGACACUCAGGAGGACCUUAAUGCCAAGAAGAUGGUGGAGAAACAAGCUAUGUUGAUGCAGAGCAACACUACAGGUGUCAGCUCUACAUAUGCCAAAGUCCGCAAGGUCCUAGUGCCCAUCAGGGAGGAUGAGAAGCACAUGCACCACGGAGAAAUCUUCUCCAAAAUCAGACAGGAGAGGGGCUUUGAGGCCAUCUAUGCUGGCGUUAGAACCCGAGCCAUACAGAUGGAAGAGCGGAAUGUCUACUGUGGAGUGUACAACGUUCUGGUGCUGCUGGACAGGGAAGACCCCUCCAGGGUGGUGCACUACAGUGGAGGUCAGCUGGUGGCCGUGGGGUCCAAGGACCGCGUGGUGCGUCUGCUGGACGUGCUGACACUGAAGGAGGUGUCCCCGGUGAUCCAGGGCCAUGCCGGCUCCAUCAGGGCCCUGCUGCUCUGUGAGGAGAGAGGACUGGUCAUUAGCGCCAGCUACGACCUCAGCAUCAGGUGUUGGAAUCUGAAAACAGGCGUAUGCCUUAUGCUCUUCCGUGGCCACUUGGGUACCAUCAACUGCCUGGACCUGCAUGGGAAUUGUCUAGUCUCAGGGGCCAAUGAUUGCAAAGUCAAAGUGUGGAACCUGCAGACAGGGCAUUGCUAUGAGAAGCUGAAGUUUAGGCACCACCACCCCAUCCUGUGUGUGAAGAUAGACAAGGCUCUAGUGAUGAGCAGCUGUGACAAAGGGCUGGUCAAAAUGUGGGGUAUGGAGACCGCCUCACUCCUCAAGGUAAUCGAUGCCCACCAGAGCUCUGUAAAGUGUCUGUUCUUCGACCAGUGGCACAUCCUGUCAGGUGGUUCUGAUGGACAGGUCAUGGCCUGGAGCACCAACUGUGACAUAAAGAAGAACCUGAUGACCUAUCGCCAUCCAAAGGAGGUCCUGGCGCUGAUCUACCUCUUCCUGCGUGUCAUUACCGGCUGUGAGGACGGGAAGAUCCGCAUCUUCAACUUCCUGACAGGGGACUGCCUGAGAGUCAUCAAGGCUGGGGGUCAACACAGCCCUAUCCAGUCCCUGCACACACACAACAACAAUAUGGUGGUGAACACGGGGACCAGUGUUCUGAUCUACCAGUUCACCAGGGUGCGCUGGGAUUACUCCGUGCUGGCCGAGAGGGAGUUCUUUAACGAGUUCAGGGGUACUCUUAAAAGCAUGCUCAAUAAAGACAAGUACCCCUACUCCAACGUGCGGGCUGAGCGCAUGACACAGGUGGGCUCGUCCAAUCGUAAGAUCUACGACCGUGAGGGCAAGAAGCCGGAGAGGCCCGAGCUGUCCCAUCACACACGCUCUCUGUCAGCCCCCAGCAUGCGCCGAGCACAGGCUGCGCAGCAGGAGUCUAUGAGGCCGGCCACGUGGAGUGAGCUUCAGGGCCACCGUAGGAGCCGGGCCUACAUUGACCUGCAGCCAGAGUUCAUCACCAAGCCCCCCUCGGCCAUCUCUCCUGGAAGACCAGUCAGCGGACACAGCCAGGACUCCCAAAGCAGGGCCAGUCACACGCCCAGGAGCGAAACCACUGGCUCAGCCAGGGAGCUGUCUGUGAUGACUAAGUGGGUGCUGACGCGCAGCGAGAAAGCAGUGAAAGACCGAGUGAAGAAGAGGGGGCCCCAUCGGCCCGUCACCCCUCAGCAUGUCCUCCUCAAGGUCAACUCCACCCACCAGCCGCAGGGAAGCGACCAAGCCGGGGCCAACAUGAAACUCAACGCCCAGAUACGAGAUGCAUGGGGCUCCCCUCCACCUGUCCAGGGGGUGGAUCCAGAGCCCCACGCCUCACCAUUCCCACCUACAACCCCAAAACAGAGCCCCCAGAGUCAGUCACAGAAGGCCCCAGCAGGACCCAGCCACCAGGUCUUGCAACAUGGCAUGAACAAGACCUACGUCCCCCUUAUGACCCGCACUCUGGAUCUCAAACUGAGGCAAUCCCUCGACAGCCGUGAAGUCUGUUCCAGCAGUCCCUCCCCAGCUGUGAUGCGGCCUCACACCAGCCACGCAGCUUCCACCCAGCGCACGCCAUGCCCCGAGCCAGAGAAGAAGAGGCCCCAGACCUCCUGUGGUAUAGCGGGUCUGGCGGUGCGUAAGGUGGGGGCAUUCACUACCACUGCCCAGUCGAAUGUCCAGGCCCCGCAGCGCAUGUUCAUGAAGGUGAGCAGCAAGCGGCCAGGACGCCACGUGGACUUUGAGAUGCCCAAUAAGACCAUUAGCCAGUACAACCCUCUAGACCCAUUCAGGGAGCGUGGGGCCUUCAGGCUCCACACAGACACCCAGUUGGAGGAGUACUUCAGGGUCCAGAACCACCAACUGAAUCAGCAGGGGGAGGGAUGCUAUAGGACCAGGAAUGACCAGGACAGACAGAGGAAGGGGGUCUGGAAGAUGAAGGUCAAAGGUGUCCCUGCCUUAGACUUCCCCAAGCAGGACCAGGUGUAUGCCCCUGAGCUGGGCCAUGAGAUCUACAUCUGAAAUUGUCUGAGACUCAGCUGGACAGGUGUUUGGCUGGCUAAACCCAAUACACACAUGGAGCUUUUUGAACUGUGUGACCAUGCCAGGGCAAGAAUAGAGCCCAGGGCUUUUGCAUGUAUGAUUCUCCCCCCUGGUGGCUUGUCUCUUGGUUUGCUGAUCCUGAACUUUCUAUGCAAGAGUUAUUUUUAAAGAGACUAUGUGCCCCACUACUUGUGUAUCAUGUAAAUAUAUAGAUGCAUUUCUCUACUC